AUGAACACAUUUAAUUAUUUUCCACCUCGUAGUGCUGUGCAUGAUGUAGAGGGUCCUCCAGGCGACUGCGUGAGUGCCGUACGCUUUUCGCCUUCUGGAUGUCCUUAUCUUCUUCUUGGCGUGACAUCAUGGGACAAAAGUUGUCGUAUAUGGCAGCUGAGUCAGCAAUCGGAUGGGGCGAAUAUAAGAUCUCAACCAAUGACGCUUGCCAUGAGCGACUCACCAAUUUUGGAUAUGUCUUUUUCAGCUGAUGGUAGGGUUUUCUGGGCUGGAUGUAGUAAAGCGGUAGUAAUGUGGAAUUUAACAACCGACCAGAAAAUAACUGUUGGAUCUCACGAUCUUCCUGUAAGCUGUGUAGCUCAUGUCAGGUCGAAUACUGGUGCGGAAAUGUUAAUUACUGGUAGUUGGGAUGGAAGAUUGCGGUUUUGGGAUUUGAGACAACCAGCACCUGUAAAGGAGGAAAAUUUAGGUGAACCUGUGUUUGCCUUAGAUGCACAGCGAACUUUUCCCUUGGCCGCCUGUGUGACGGGUAGAAAAGUUCAUGUAUUUAAUCUUCAAACACUGAUGAAGACAAAUGAGUUUGAACCACCUUCCAUGAUGAAGUUCAAUCUGAGGUGUGUUGCAUGUUCUCUCCAACAAGACGGUGUUGCAAUUGGAAGUUCGGAGGGUAGAAUUGCAUAUAUCCCUUUUCAAGGUGAAGCAGGUUGUACGUUUAAGGCUCAUAUAUUGGUGGAGGACAACACUCUAUAUAUGCAUCAAACUAAUUUCUGCGUCAUGUGUCCUCGAACACCUGUUAUUAUUAGUGGCGGUGGUGAUGGUCGAAUUGGCUAUUGGAACUACAAGAAACGGGCUUCUGCUGGGCGUGAAGAAGUUGACCUACGAUUGGAAAGACGUAAUAAGUCCAUUUCUGCAGGGGACAUUAGCUCUGAUGGUAGUUUGCUUGCCUUUGCUCGGAGCUAUGAUUGGGCAAUGGGUAAAACUGGUUGUAUUCCCAAUGAACCACACACCAUUCAUAUCCGAAAGGUCGAUUUGAGAUCGACUAUGACAAACUAG